AAUCAGCCAUUUCAGUUUUUGCUACAGAACAGAGAACAGCUAUCUCGUGCCUCGUGUAAUAAAAUAAAAUAAUUAUUUUAUCACAGUAAAAGUAUUAAUUGUACUCAUAAACUAAUUAAAGUGCUUAAGUUAAUAAAAGUGUCUAAUUGUUUUAAUUUAUAGACAAUCAAAAUUUUAAUCACAAACAAUUUUUUUGUUUACUGAUUUUUUAUUCCCGAGCGAAUAAAGGAACGCAACUGAUAAAUAGGUUAGAAAAAAAUAAUUUCAAGAUGAUGAUGGAUUAUUUUGUGACCAAUAGUGCCCUGGCAGCAGCACCCAUGGGGAUUCAGAGUACAGCAGGUGCUGUACCUGUAAGAAACGAUAAAGGUGAAGUUUCAAUGAAAAAAGUAAAAGUACACAGAUAUGUUUCUGGUAAAAGACCCGAUUACGCACCAGCUGCAAGCUCCGACGAAGAGUCUGAAGAUGACGAUUUUUUGGAAAAAUGUGCCAAGCCAAUUGACCCUGACGUAAGUAAAACUACUGCUGAUUACAAAUCAUUAACAUCAAGAGCAUACGAUGAACAAGACCCACGUUUGAGACGACUGACUCGUCUUGUUCGUAAAUCAGAUGACGAACCAGCAACAAUUAAUGAACGACACCGGCAUAUCCACGAGCCAGAGAUAAUUGAAACAGAAAUAAAAAAUGCCCGUGAAAAAAUAAAAUUAGAAAGUUCUGAUUCUUCGGACGAUGAAGAAUUGUCUGAUACUGAGAUCGAGCGACGUCGUGAAGCACUGAAAUUACGAGUGCUGUCGAAAAAGGAUACUGAAGAGGAGAUAAUAAAAGACGAAGAAGAAAAGUCCGAUUCAAGUUCUGCUGAAAGUUCCGAGUAUGAGGAAUACACAGAUUCAGAGGAGGAAUGCGGACCUAGAUUGAAACCGGUAUUUGUUAUGAAGGAAGACAGAAUUACUACGGCGGAACACGAAAAAGAGGCAUUCAAACAGCAGCAGAUGGAGGUCGAGAGUAAAAAAAUGGCUGAUGAAAGAAAGCGACAGACAUUGAGAAUGGUUGAAGAAGCUAUUCGUAAAGAAACUCAAGGAGGUAAAACGACAGACAGUAAGGAGAGCAAGUUGGAGGAUGUCUGUACAGAUGAUGAAAAUGAUGAAGUUGAAUACGAGGCUUGGAAGUUGAGGGAACUGAAGAGAAUAAAACGGGAUCGCGAAGAACGUGAAGCUACUGAGAAAGAACGACUCGAAAUCGAGAGAAUUAGAAACCUGACUGAGGAAGAACGCCGGCAAGAAGCUAAACUUAAUCCAAAAGUUAUCACGAAUAAAGCUGCGAAAGGAAAAUACAAAUUUUUACAAAAAUACUAUCAUCGCGGUGCGUUUUAUCUUGAUAGAGAUGAAGGCAUAUUGGCACGUGACUCCUCUGGUGCGACACUUGAAGAUCACUUCGACAAAUCUAUCUUACCAAAAGUUAUGCAAGUUAAGAACUUUGGAAGAAGCGGUAGAACGAAGUACACUCACUUAGUGGAUCAAGAUACGACACAAUUUGACUCGCCUUGGACAUCCGAGACCGCUCAAAAUCUCAAGUUCCACAACAAUCAGUCUGCUGGAAUGAAGCAAAUGUUUGAAAAACCCUCGUUCAAAAAACGAAAAAUUGACAAUUAACUACUAAUACAUUAUUAUUAAAUUUAUUAUUAACGGAAUUAUUAUAUAACGAAUAUAUAUAACGAAAUAAAUUAUAUUAAUCCUUAUAAUUAACUAUUAAUACAUUUUCAAAAUAAAAUAAUAGUAAUUAAAAUAAUUAUAACUAUUACACUAGUACCGCAAAGUAAUUGAUGUAAAUAUUUGU